AUGAACAUGCUUGACGGAGCUACAGCGCUUACCUUCCUUCUCCCAGGAUCCCCAGGCGGAGCUCAGGAGCUGACCAGCACAGACAUGCCAGUGUUGUCUGAGGAUUCCGGUUUGCACGAAACCCUGGCACUGUUGACUUCUCAGCUCAGACCUGACUCCAACCACAAGGAAGAGAUGGGCUUCUUGAGGGAUGUGUUCAGUGAAAAAAGCCUCAGUUACUUAAUGAAGAUUCACGAGAAGCUGCGCUAUUACGAGAGGCAAAGUCCAACCCCAGUUCUGCACAGCGCUGUGGCCCUUGCUGAGGAUGGUGCCACCAUCCGGCGGGAUGAGCACUCAGGAGCUGUUGUGGUGGCCCGGAUCAUGCGAGGGGGCGCAGCAGACCGGAGCGGUCUGGUCCACGUUGGAGAUGAGCUCCGAGAAGUGAACGGGAUCACAGUCCUGCAUAAGCGCCCGGACGAGAUCAGCCAGAUUCUGGCGCAGUCCCAGGGAUCCAUUACCCUGAAAAUCAUCCCAGCCACCCAGGAGGAGGGCCGGUUAAAGGACAGCAAGGUGUUCAUGCGGGCUCUUUUCCACUACAACCCUCGGGAGGACCGGGCCAUUCCCUGCCAGGAGGCAGGCCUGCCUUUCCAGCGCAGGCAGGUCCUGGAGGUGGUGAGCCAGGAUGAUCCCACGUGGUGGCAGGCCAAGCGAGUAGGGGACACCAACCUCCGGGCCGGUCUCAUCCCCUCCAAGCAGUUCCAGGAAAGGCGACUAAGCUACCGGAGAGCCACAGGCACCCUGCCGAGCCCACAGAGCCUCAGGAAGCCCCCCUAUGAUCAGCCUUGUGACAAAGAGACGUCUGACUGUGAGGGGUACCUCAAAGGGCACUAUGUGGCUGGUCUUCGGAGAAGCUUCCGGCUGGGCCGAAGGGAGAGACUGGGAAGCCCCCAGGAGGGAAAGGUGUCCGCAGUAGCCGAGUCUCCAGAGCUGCUGACCUAUGAGGAGGUGACCAGGUACCAGCACCAGCCUGGUGAGCGGCCCCGCCUGGUGGUUCUGAUUGGAUCUCUGGGAGCCCGACUGCAUGAGCUGAAGCAGAAGGUGGUGGCAGAGAACCCACAGCACUUUGGUGUUGCUGUUCCACACACCACCAGGCCCCGAAAGAGCCACGAGAAGGAGGGCGUGGAAUAUCACUUCGUCUCUAAGCAAGCAUUCGAGGCCGACUUACAUCAUAACAGGUUCCUGGAGCAUGGUGAAUAUAAGGAAAAUCUCUAUGGAACCAGCCUGGACGCCAUUCAGGCCGUGAUGGCCAGAAACAAAAUGUGUCUGGUGGACGUGGAGCCGGACGCACUGCAACAACUGAGGACCUCAGAGUUCAAGCCCUAUGUUAUAUUUGUAAAGCCUGCAAUACAGGAAAAAAGGAAGACGCCACCUACAUCCCCAGUUUGUGAGGACACAGCAGCCCCACUUGAUGAACAGCAGCGGGAGAUGGCCGCUUCCGCCGCCUUCAUAGACCAGCACUACGGGCACCUGGUGGACUCUGUGUUGGUGAAGGAGGACCUCCAGAGCGCACACAGCCAGCUCAGAGCGCUCCUAGAGAAGCUGACCAAGGACACUCACUGGGUACCUGUUAGUUGGGUCAGGUAA